UGGGGCAGCUUGAGCAACAAAUCCGCGAACCACGGCUGACGGCUAAAUCACACAGCACAACUUGUGAAAAAUGUGCAAAAUGUGCAACUUCAAAUAAAUUCUAUUUUUAAAAUCUUUACGCCAGUAUUUCUGAUAACCAGUCAAUCCGAUAACUACUCUGGUGACCAAGGAUCGUAGCUGGUUGAGACUGUUUUGAUUUCUAAAAUUUGUCAAAAAGGAGGAGGGGGAGAUGGAUCCAAAGGAAUUAAAAGCGCUGUUGAAGGAGGCGAAAGAUUGUUUAAAAUCGAAAGAUUUUCCAAAGGCACAAGCCAAUUGCAAGCUCAUCCUCAAAAAAGUGCCAAAUCACUAUCAAGCAAAUUUGUUUUUGGGGACGUCAUUGAAAGAGCAGGGUAAAUUUCAACAGGCCAUCGAAAGCUAUAAGAAGGCGAUAGAAGUGGAUCCAGUAGAAGUGUAUGCUUGGCAGGGAAUAAUUCUUACAUAUGAAAAACAAGGGAUUAAAAAUCACCCCGACCUUUUGGAUGCAUACAAGAGGGUGGCAACCUUUUUUGAAACUGAUGAUAAGGCCAAGUAUAUCGAAUCCACAAAAAAGCUGGCACAUGUCCUGGUUUCUCAACAAGACACGAAAGGGGCCCUCAAAGUUAUCACUCGUUUGGCAAAGUCACACGGCGUGGAUUUAGAAAUGGCCGGACUUGCGAUUCAAUUGCUUUCUGCGACAAAAUACGAUACAAGAACCCCUGACCAGAAUCAAUUGUAUACUGAAUCGCUCCACACCACUGUUACCGAGUCCCCAAAACCAAGUGAUGAUAUGUGUAAAAAGUACUUUACUCAACUGAAUCGUGCUGGAAGCUUUGAGCAAGUUGUGCGACAUGCGUUCGGAAUGCAGGACAAGUGGAAUUUCUAUUGCUCUCCGAUGGAAUGGUUAUGCCGUUAUUAUAUUGAAGAUCGCCUUGACUCGACCAUGUUGGCUCAGAUUGGAUCCUUCGAACUUGUAACCGACAAGUUGUUCAAACUUCAUCCUUCCAGUAGCUUUGGUCAUUUUGCUCGUGGCAAAUACUUAAUCGACUCUGGGACUAAUUUUAGUGAUGGGUUUUCCUUCUUGAUGGUUGGUUUAGAAUCCAGCUAUAACUUCCACGCAGUCAAGAUUCUGAUCAGGGGACGAUUGGAUUAUGGAGAUUUUGAACGAGCUGUUGACGACUGUAAUAAUGCUCUAAGACAAUUCUCUGCAAACGAAAACUAUUGCAAGUUGUUCAGAUUAUUUCUAGCAGAGGCUUUAAUUUCAAUCAAUAUUGACAAAGCAGAAGAAUUGUUGACAACCAUAAAAAACGGUAUGGAUGAUGGUGAUGGGCUGGACCAAUGGAUUAUUUUGAAUAUUCUCCUCAAUGCAAAGAAAUUUAAUUUUGAUUCCCUCAGUAAUAUUGUGAACCUUGCCGAAGAGAAAGGUGUGCAGCAUUUGAUAGUAGAUUUCUACAGAGUCGUAAGUAGUGUUGAGGAUAAGACAAAUUCUGAAGACAUGAAAAAUACCAUCGACAGGCAUCUCGAGACGAUACCACCAAAAAGUGGUAAUGAAGAAAAAUUUAGUGUUUAUGUUCGCUUGGAAGCCGCAAUUCUACUCUUUAACCUAAGCUUUUACAAAGAGUCUGCCGAUCUGCUCUUCAAUCUUACUGCAAUGAAAUAUGGUCGAAUUCUUCCCCUAGCCUGGAAAUAUUUGGGAAAACUUUACAGUCUGCAAAAUGAUGUCGAGCUGGCUUCAAAGUGUUAUAAAAAGGCCUACAAAUUGUCUCCUACCGUAGAAGUUGGUGCAUUACUAAGCGAUACAUACUUUUCAUUGGGGAAGGAGGACAUUAAUCAAGAAUUACUAGUUGAAGCUACCAAAGCGUUUGUGAAAUCCAAAUCUAAGUGGGCAUGGUUGCGACUGGGUGUUCUUUAUUUGAACAAUGGCGAUGCAAAUUCUGCUGUCACAGCACUACAAGCAGCGAUUCGGUCCGAUAUCACUGAUAGCUACGUGUGGGAGUCUUUGGGAGACGCUUAUUUUCUUCGUGGCUCCUACUCUGCUGCCUUGAACACUUACAAUAAGGCAUUAGAGCUUGACCCUAACUCGAUGUAUGCUAAGCUGAAAGUUGGAGUGGUUUAUCAGUGUCUUGGGCAUCACGACAAGUCUAUUGAAACAUUGAAGAAUGUCCUUAACGAUUUCCCGGAAAACCCUACCCCAAUUCUUGUCGAAUUGGCACGUACUAGUUCCAUGAUUGCUCAAGAACUGUCGGUCGAGAACUUCGACGUACGAGCUCAAAUGGCUACUGAAGAUUCAGUAGCUUAUGCCGUGUUGGCCAUUCUACAGUCGCCAAGACGGAUCCUCCUACCCUGGAAAAUUAUUGGAGAAAGUUCUUUGACAUUAAAUAAUCUAACGGAUGAUUAUCUGGUCAAAGUGCCAACAUUCCUGCUUGGGGAAAAUCCACAGUCAUUGGAUCCUUCUAAAGUUAAGAGUGUGGAGGAUUUUGAAUAUAAAAGAGUAUCCUUAGAUAAAUUGAGAGAAAUUGGUAUUCAAGCCCUAUUAGAAUGCCUACGAGUAAUGGAGGAACCUGAUGAGGAUGUUACAUUUUCAGUGAAUCUUCGAGCCUAUGUGUAUCAUCAACUUGGUUUGUUAUAUUUCCACCGAGCUCGUCGUUCCCAAGAUACUAAAAUGUCUUCUGAAAUGUACAAGAAAGCCAUGAUCGCUGCGAAAAAGGCUGUUGCGUCGAAUCAAACGCAAUACAUAUUUUGGAAUUCUCUUGGAGUAAUAUCGUAUUUUGUUGGAAAUGACGAGUUGGCUCAACACGCCUUUAUCAAGUCGUUAGAGAUCGAAGGGAGCAACGUCGUCGCAUGGUGUAACUUGGGAAUGUUGUACUUAAAACAUGAUAACCCAAUGCUAGCUCAUCAAAUUUUUUACAAGGCGCAAUCUGCAUCUCCUUUGCAUGCUACUAGUUGGAUUGGCCAGGGGCUUUUUGCUGAAUCCAUUGAACACAUUGAAGCUCCAGAUUUGUUUCGCCAUGCAGCUCAUCUAGACCCCUCUGCCUUUGCCGUUUCUUGCUAUGCGGACUGGGUCUGUCGGAUAUUGCUGAAAGAAGUAAAUUUAUCUCCAACUGACUUCUGGUUUUCUAUCACCAGAGUUGAUGCUCUCACGACUGUGAAUGAUUUAAUUACAAAAGUUGAAGCUAGAAACCGUACUCCCCAACUUUAUAAUAUGAAAGGAAUAAUUGCUGCCCUUAAUAGUUUUUACACUACGGCCUUGGAAUCAUUCGACACUGCUUUGGAACUCGCAACAAGCAACUCGGCAUUCUCAAUGACUGAAGAGAAUGUUCAACAAAUUCUAGUAAACAAAAUUGUGAUACUUGUAAAACUGGAAAUGUUUAAUGAAGCUGUUGAUGCUUUCUCCUCGAUUGAAAAUUUGGAUAUUGUUGGAUAUGCUGUGGGAGCCUUGACUAUGAUCAAACUUGGAUACCUAGAUCAAUCUGAGAAGCUGUAUGAACAAUUACUUGCAACGUUACCAGAAUCUAGUUCCCACGAUGGAGAUAGAAUAAAUGCAACCAUUGGGUUAGGCUUGGUACAUAAUCUUCAUUUCGGUCCGGAAGCGGCAUGCAAUUUAUUGUUACAAGAUUUUAUGGUAAAAAGUCCCCAUGGAUUAUUGGCUCUCGCUGCUAUUGGAAUUAUGAAUGGAGAUUCGGAAUUCGUGAGCAAUGUCAUGCCACAUCUUGAGGAAUUCAAGGAUGAAGAAAGUGUCCUUCCCGACAUUGGCUUACUGAAAGCUUGUUUUCAUAUCAUGAAUGGAAACUCCAAAAGAGGGGUCGACGUACUGCUGAAGCUGAUUCACAAUAAUCCUUUGAAUGUGCGAUUAUGGACAUUUUUAUCACAGAUCGUGUUUCGUCACGAACUUCAGACAAUUCAGUCUUUCACAAUUUUGCGAACCACAAUGACAGCUCUUAAAUUGUCAAGCCUGGUACCCAAGGGAGUUGUCGAUAGGGUUCAUUUCACAUCAUCUGCCAUGGUCUCCUUGUGUCAUGUAAUGAACGAUGAUUCCAAAACUGCUAUUACCUCUGCCUUGAAUGGCAUCAGAAAAUUUCCCAAGGAAAGAGAAAAUUGGAUCGUCCUUGCAUGCGCAUUUUGGUACAAGUACGUUGAAACUCGAAACAUUGAAUCAUAUAAAAUUGUGGUCAAUAUUUUGGAAAAGGAAUUAACUUUGAAUCGAAUUAACAAAAGAGCAGUAGACUGGUCACAAGCUUUUCUCAAACAUGUGAAAUCACACUGUCCUUCUUGAACUAUUUUCUGUCUAUCUGUGAUAUUUGGUCGACCUAAUUUUGUUAGUUUUUUUAAAUAUUCAUGCAUGUAAUUAAGUAGUUCAUUAUAUUACAAAAUUUAUAUAAUUAAGGCGAGAAUAAAUUAAAGUUAUGCAUACAUAUUUAUAAAUAUGUAUAAUAAACACAAUUACAUCUACGGAUCUUUAA